GUUUUGACAGUCAAACUGCAGCUCGAGCACAACACGCUCUCAAAUGUCACUGAGGCAGAAACUAUAUGACUUCUUGAAGUGUAUAUCACUUAAACACACUUUUGAGGAAAAACACUGACGACGCCUGGGGUCAGUUUCAGCUCUAUAUGCAACGGCUUUAAUGUCUUAUGAACAUCAGAGCACUUUACAAGAUGAUUUCAACAUCAGAUGAGACCGGAGGUGAAAGACCUCAAAAAACUGCCAGCAAAGACCACAAAAAGCCCACAGCAGAAGCCUUGAGGGGAGCCAUCCAGCUCGGCAUUGGCUACACUGUUGGCAAUAUGACCUCCAAACCAGACAGAGAUGUUCUCAUGCAAGAUUUCUACGUUGUUGAGAGUGUCUUUCUCCCCAGUGAAGGCAGUAAUCUGACUCCAGCUCACCACUACCCUGACUUUCGGUUUAAAACUUAUGCCCCUCUGGCCUUCCGUUACUUUAGAGAGCUCUUUGGGAUUAAACCAGACGACUACCUGUACUCUAUUUGUAAGGAACCUCUGAUUGAGCUGUCAAACCCCGGAGCGAGUAGUUCGUGGUUUUAUUUAACUAGUGAUGAUGAGUUCAUCAUAAAGACUGUACAGAACAAAGAAGCUGAAUUUCUACAGAAAUUACUGCCAGGUUACUACAUGAAUCUGAAUCAGAACCCGAGGACACUCCUACCAAAGUUUUACGGGCUCUACUGUAUCCAGUGUGGCAGUGUUAACAUCCGAUUGGUUGUGAUGAACAAUGUUCUGCCCCGAUCUUUGAAAAUGCACUACAAAUAUGACUUAAAAGGCUCCACGUACAAACGUAGAGCCUCACGGAAAGAGUGUUCCAAAGCAUCCCCAACAUUUAAAGAUCUGGACUUCCAGGAGCAGCAUGAAGGGCUUUACUUUGAUGGUGACACAUACAAUGCACUGAUCAAGACUCUCCAGAGAGAUUGUCGGGUGCUGGAGAGCUUUAAGAUCAUGGAUUACAGUUUGCUGCUGGGCAUCCAUGUUCUGGAUAAGAAGAUAAGGGGGAGAGGAAGCAGAGGGGACAGUAGGCGUCAGGGAGGACAGAAGGUCCUGUACUCCACAGCACGGGAAUCAAUUCAAGGAAAUGGCAAAUCUGCCGAGCCCCUCGCCGACACUGAUGAUGACACAAUGGGUGGCAUCCCAGCUAAACACAAAGAUGAGAAGUUGCUGAUCUUUUUGGGCAUCAUUGAUAUCCUGCAGUCCUACAGAUUUAUAAAGAAAGUUGAGCACUCGUGGAAGGCUCUUGUUUAUGACGGCGACACAGUAUCUGUCCAUAGACCAAAUUUCUACGCUGACAGAUUCUUGAAGUUCAUGGGCAGCACGGUAUUUAAAAAGAUUCACCCUAUCCGCGGUGCCUCCUCUAGAAGAAAGAAAAGCUCCAUCUAUUUGUGUAGAUCAGCUUCCCAGGAAGUUCUACCCACAUUAAUAGAAGACGGUAAACAGGACAGGAGGGCUCAAAGCCUCGAAAACCUUGAUGACUUAGAUACAAACUCCGCACAGAUACCUGAUGUUAUUCCAAGCUCCACCAGCAAGGAUCUAGCCAUUUCAGUGAACACCAUCUCUUCUUCUUCCUCUUUAGAUGAUGUUAAAGUUGAACUGGAUACAGAUUCAGACAGCAGAGCUGAUCGUAGAACAUCCAGCUCGACUCUUGCGUUGGAAGAUAGUGCUCUUCCGACCUCAAACUCACAGGCGAGCACACCUGAGUCUGCUCUGGAUGUCUAUUUGUGAUGCGUGAAGUAUCCUGAAGUGUACCAGAUCAUCAAAACAUCUACAAAACUGAGAGGCAGUGGACAUACGUUAUACAUGUCAUAUCAUUAAAAAGUCAGUUCACUUGGUAAUGGCAAGGCUUGCCAAAUGCUAUCUCACCAGUCACUCAGAAUUUUGCACAGUGGAUUUCUCUAGCUGCUAAUACAUAUUGUUCUGAGAGACACCUAGCGGAGUGAUUGCCACACUAUAGUACUGCAGUGCCUUGGGCUCUCUGUGCACUUUGCACCCACUCGCGAGUACAAGUUUGUCAUAAAAUAUUAGUUACAUUUCCCUUAGACCAAUGUUCUGUAUAAUCACAUGAAUGCAUCAGUUGAUAUGCUUUGUAAACAGUGUGAUAACUGAUUAAGGAGUGUGUCCAGCAUAGAAUAUAUUAAUGAUUAAAUACGAAUCAUUAUAUAAUUAUCUUGUGAGCAGUCCUGACGUGCAUUGUGUGAGUAAAUAUUUAUAUCCAUUUAUUUUGAUUCCUGUACAGUGACUAGUGCCCAAAAUAUUUCACAAUCAACACAAUGAAAUGAUGUAAUGGGGAGCAUCAUAAUGGUCAAUGUUACUUUGUGAAAAGAUUAACAUGUGUUUGAUAGUGAAAGACCAUAUAUCUGUAAAAACUUGUAUUUAAACGUAAUAUAUUUUGAUUAAAUACACAUAAUUUAAAUGUACUAUGUAGAAUGUUCUGCAUGUUGAGCUAUUAAAUGCUUCAUAUUCACAAGACUUUUUCAGUGUUGUGAGUGUGUAUUGAACAUACAGUAAUAUAACAUAGCAGUUACAAUGUGUCCAAAAUGCUUUACCUAAAGGCACUGCUAGACCCUAUUUAGGAAGGCUUCAGCCACCCUAAAAUUCAUCUCAGCCAGGGGCGGGGCCAGAAGAGUGGCAUGGGGUGGCAGCUGCCACCCUAAAAAUUAGCUUUGCCAUCCCACUUGCCACCCCAACUCGGACCUCGCUCGCAUGCUGGAGACGGAGCACAACAGCUUAACCUGUCUGUGUUGCGCAUGGUCCAUAACUAUGUUCUGCCCAUGUCUGGCAGGACACAGUGGCACUCCACCUCAGUAAACAAACCCCCACAAAUCUGAACUAAUAUUUUUUAUUUUAUACAUUUA